UACCUCGAGCAAAUUUAACUUUUCAGUAAGUGUCAUCAACGAUUUUAAGAAAAUGCAGUUACGUUCUAUCCUUCUGCUUGUUGGAAUCUGCGCCCUGGCCGUUGGUGUUGGGAUCGGGGUAAUUAUCGGUUACUUCAGUCACAGCAGGGAUUCGAACCCCAAGCCAAGACUUGCUGAUGAAAAUAUCGCAGAGAGGAUAAUGAAGGAGAUAAGCAAGGAGAAUAUACGAGAUAACCUAAGGUAUUACGCGCGGAAACCUCACGUAGCAGGGACGCCAGCUGACAGGGAAGGUGCAGAAGAUAUCAAACAGGCUUGGCUAGACCAGGGCCUGGACACGGUUAGACUGGUCCCAUAUCAGGUCUAUCUUCAACAUCCACCACCUCCUGAGGACGAAGAAAAGGCUAAUAAGGUUCAGGUGAUAAACUCUAGCACCGGAGAAGUCAUCUAUAACACCCCACUCAGAGCAGAUCCGUUCGAUGAAGAUGAACUCCUUCAGCCGGGUAUACCUCCUCCAUACAUGGCCUUUUCGGGGACAGGUGAUGUGAUGGGUGAUCUGGUGUAUGUUCACUACGGAGCGAAGGAAGACUAUGAAUUAAUACUGAAUGAACUGGACCCAACCAUGAACUUUACAGGAAGGAUUGCAAUUUGCAGACAAGGAGGGACGUCUCGUUAUGAAAAGGCAGCAGUAGCCCAGCGCUAUGGUAUCAUUGGCGUCAUCUUGUUCAGUGAUCCCUAUGACUACUCAGUACCCCAAGACGAAGGAUUACCAUACCCUAACGGAAAGUUUCUACCGGGUUCCGCCACGCAGCGGGGAGCUUUGCUUCGAGAGAUAGGUGAUCCACUAACACACGGCUAUCCUGCUAAAGAAUUUGCCUUUCGGAUAUCGCGAAAUGAAACCGACUUGCCUCGGAUACCGGUUCAUCCUAUCGGUUUUCACGAUGCCGAAAAACUAUUACAAGCAAUGGGUGGUGCUUCCGUUCCUCAUUACUGGAAAGGUGGCCUGAAUGCACAUUACACACUUGGACCAGGUUUCACCGGACCGAAUCAAGGAAACCAAGUGAGAUUGGUGGUAAACUCUGUAUCAGGACUGUAUACAACAUAUAACACGGUGGGAUUCUUACGAGGCGAGAUAGAACCAGAUCGUUACGUCAUCAUCGGCAAUCAUCGAGAUGCUUGGGGACUCGGCUCUAUUGAUCCUACAAGCGGAACAGCAACUCUCCUUGAGAUAUCAAGGGUCUUUGGAAUGCUCAAGAAAGAAGGUUGGAGACCUAGAAGAACUUUGGUGUUCUGUUCAUGGGGUGCUGAAGAGUUUGGAAUGUUCGGUUCGGUAGAAUGGACAGAGGAGUUCGGCAACAUACUCACGGAGAGGACUGUAGCGUACGUCAAUUUGGACAUAGCUGUUGCAGAUACACAUGUCUUGUAUGCUUCAGCAUCACCAAAUCUGCGUCAAGUCAUCUAUGAGGCUACUAAAAAAGUUCCGGACCCAGAUCCAUUGGAUAACCGAAAAACCGUUUAUGACACAAUGUUAGAGCGGAACCCGGAUUAUGAGCCUGACUUACCAUUUAUAAAUCUUUUAGUUGAUGGAAGCGACGACUACGCUUUUGAAAAGAGGCUGGGAAUAUCGUGUAUCAGUGGUUACUACAUAUAUGAUACGAGCACACUACCUAUAUUAUUUUACUCUCUUUACCACACCCAAUAUGAGACGAUCAGAUUGAUGGAAACGUAUAUCGACCCCGACUAUCGAUAUCAUCAAGCAGUCGGGAGAGUAUUCGCUGAGAUGACGCGCAUCCUAUCAGAUAGCGUGGUGUUGCCGUUCGAUAGUUAUGGAUAUUACCAAGAAGUCGAGAAUAUGUUUUAUUAUCUGGGAAACUCCACACAAUCGAUGGAUAUCGCAGAACGAGGAGUAUCUUUAGAAUCUCUUGACAGAGCAAUUGGUGAACUGUUGGAAAACACAUUGGAAUUUCAAAAGAGAGUAGAGAGCGUUGACACAAAAAGUGACUUGGCUGUCCGGCAAAUCAACGACCAGAUGAUGUUUCUAAGCAGGGCAUUUCUCGGAGAACUCCCGGGUAACAAACAAGAUAGGCAUCUAUUAUUUUCACCUCGGGUCACCAUACCCUUAAGUACUGAAGACGUACCCUACACUUUUCCUGGACUCCUCGACGCCUUACAUCACAUCAGUGACGCUCCUGACCAGGAACAACGAUGGAGAGUUGUAGAACAGCAUAUCGCCGUUUUAACUCACGCUAUAGAAGCAGCUAGCUCUGUAUUGAAGGAUGUUACGUCAUGGUGACGUCAAUUGAUAUGUCAUUUUAUUGAAAUGAUGCAGAUUGGCAACAAUGGUUGAGGGUUUCGUCCCAUGGAAGGUAGCUAUAUAG